CGAAGGUUGACAGCACAGACAUGUACCAAGUCAUGAAUGCAGGUGGAGGUAAGAAAGGUUUGGAGACCAUCGCUCCUCUGGUCCGCUCUGUGGAGGAGACCCCUGAUCCUAUCCCGGCUAAGAUACAAGGCACCAUUCCCCACUGGAUCAAUGGCAGCCUUCUCCGAGACGGCCCAGCAAAGUUUGAGUUUGGAAACACACACUACAACCACUGGUUUGAUGGAAUGGCCAUGCUACACAAAUUCAAGAUGGAGAAAGGCCAGGUGACGUACACGAGCCGCUUCCUGCGCAGCGACGCUUUCAAGAAGAACAGCGAACGGGACCGUAUCAUGGUUUCAGAAUUUGGUACCCUCGCCUUGCCUGACCCUUGUAAAAACAUCUACCAGCGGUUCUUCUCUUACUUUCAAAUGAUAAAACCCACAGACAAUGGAAACGUCAACUUUGUAAAAUACAAAGGAGACUACUAUGUCAGCACGGAGAGCAACAUGAUGCACAAAGUCAAUCCAGAGAGCCUAGAAACACUGGAACAGGUAGACUGGAGCACAUUUUGUGCUGUGAACUCAACCACUGCCCACCCUCAUUAUGAUCCUGAUGGUACUUGCUUCAAUAUGGGGAACUCAUAUGGAAUCACUGGACCUCAGUACAAUAUCAUUGCUGUACCUCCGGAGAAGUCUGAUGCUGAAGACACCCUGCAAGGUGCCAAAGUUCUCUGUUCCAUUACGCCUGCAAGCCGAACCCAACCCUCCUACUAUCAUAGCUUUGCCAUGUCGGAGAACUACUUUGUGUUCAUCGAGCAGCCGAGUAAGAUCGACGUGGUGAGCUUAGCCACAUGUAAGUUGAGAGGCAAGGCGUUCUACGAUGCAAUAUACUGGACCCCGGAGCUGGAAACAAUUCUGCAUCUUAUCGACAAGAGGACAGGCAAGGCCAGCCCAGUGAAGUACUACACCAAGGGUUUCUUCAGCUUCCAUCAGAUCAACGCCUUUGAAGAGGACGGAUUUUUGAUGCUGGACAUAUGUUGCUAUGACGACGGCCGAACCCUCGAUAUUUACUUGCUUCAGAAUUUACGUAAAUCAGGAGAAGCACUAGAUGAGGUGUACAACAACACAGGCAGAGGUUUUCCUCGCCGCUUUGUUUUACCCCUUCACGUUACCGAUGACACGCCGACUGACCAAAACCUGAACACUCGUCCUUUCAGUACAGCAACAUGUGUCAAAGAGAACACAAAUAGGGUUUUCUGUCAACAUGAGGAUCUCCACAACGAUGACUUCUACCAGUACGGCGGGUUGGAGUUCCCUUGCAUCAAUUACGAGCGAUACAAUACAAAGCCUUAUCGUUAUUUUUACGGUUGCGGUUUAAGACACCUGUUUGGAGACUCACUACUUAAGAUGGACCUCAAUGACAAGACGUUAAAGGUGUGGUACCAGAAAGGUUUCUUCCCAUCGGAGCCAGUGUUUGUGGCCUCCCCUAAUGCAGUGGAGGAGGACGAAGGUGUCAUCCUCUCUGUAGUUCUCUGCCCCUCACAGGAAAAAGGCACAUUCCUCCUGGUUUUGGAUGCCAAGACAUUUGAAGAAUUGGGAAAAGCCAGUGUGCCCGUCAACAUGCCCUACAGCAUACAUGGUGUAUUUAACGCAUCUACUUGAAUUAAUCAGUUACGUUUCCUCAUUAUAAUUAUAUUACUGUACAAAAAAUUCCCGCGAAAACAUUGUGUUGUCCAAUUUGUUAAACUUCAUUGUAGGCAUUCAUCCAGGAUUUUAUUUGGAAAAUGUUUAUCUCAAACCUGUUUUGAAUAACACUUGAGAUUUUAACUUGUUUCAAAAAUAAGGGUGUAGGUUUGGUGUCAACAUCGGUAGGGACGAAAUAACAGCAUAACCUGCAUGUACAUUUUUUGCUGGGGACGGGAUAUCAUUAAAACCAAACAGAUUGGGUGAACGGGGGUCACGGCUACAUUUCUCACGAAUAUGAACCUAACUAAUUGACAGGCUAAAUGAUCAAUGCAAAAUAAAUCUGUAUUGACUUAUAAUUGCAUAUGUAUUGGUUCGGAUGAUACAGCAUUUGAUUCAAACUUUUGUUUUCAAAAACUACUAAAGAAACAUUUUGAAAACUUCCACCAUAAUAAUGACACAAUAACUUCUGGAUAAAAAGCAAAUUUAAAACAUAACUUACACAAUAAAUACAAAUACAAAUAGAACUAAAUAUGAUAAAUAAGCCUCCUCAACUCUUUCGUUGCUCUCAAAGAUUUGAUCCAUUUUAUGUUGCAUUGCCCUUUUUUGUCGCAUCAAUUCAACAAGCUUUUUUUUUUUUGCUGUUCCAGAAAUCAUGCACAUUUGAACCAAUCAGAGCUAACCAUCUCUGCUGAUCACAUAUCAGUAUGUCAGCCAAUUGAACGGAUAAUUGAGUUUAGGCGUUUUGCUUUGAACUCAUCAUCGUCGGAAUCGGAUAACUGCAGCAGCUGGGGAAACCUCCAUGCCGUCCGUGGAAUAAAAUUAAUAAUAAAUAUCGGUGGAAACAGAUUACGCUACACAAGCACAUUAUUAUGCUUGUUUAUAACACUUGUGUAUGUAAAUCUGAUGUUGGUAGAUUGUUUUCUUCUUGGAGAUUAAAUGCAUGUGGGGCAGCUUAGCAUUUUUUUUUGUUGACAUUUGUUGACAUUUGUCGUCAUAUUUUUGGAAUCAAAGCACCGUGUACCGGAACAGCAUUCCGGCCCUGAAUCUUAUACCGGUGUAGGCGCACUAUCCUAGUCCCCUCACUAUCCACUCGCGGGGGCCUGCGCUUGUCAGUGACGUUCCUUAUUCUCGCUAUAUGAAUAUACAACUUUAGCAUUUGUUAAUAAUACGCUCUGUGUGUAGUAUCAUCCAUCGAUUUUCCUUUUUAAAUGAGCACUUUUAAGCGAACGCAAGAAGUAACAACGGGAACAUUUUUAAACAGGCAUUUCACGGGAGAGCAUUUCGACUCUUCGGCCAAUCAUAUAGCGAGAGCCAGUGGAUAGUGAGGGGAAGAGGAUAGUGAACCUACACCGGAACUGGGUUCUGGCCCUGGAUCUUAUACCGGAACUGCGUUCCUGACUGUUCUGGCCCACUUUCACCCCUGCGUACAUCCAGCUAUAAGGUUUGAGAAUCUAGAUUGUUUGAGAAUUUCCACCUAAAAAAUAUUUUCCUGGAAAUUAGGGUAGUAAGCAUUUGCUUUAAGAACAGAAUGUUGUUGGACUGCUUUCAAUUGUGCUUGUUUCCCCCCUUUCAUUUUAACUAUAGUAUUUUCAAUAUUAUUCUGAAAAUAGCUAAAUAAUUAAUAAUGCAUCAAGUGGUGCUAAACCCAAUCUGUAUAAAAUGAAUAAUGGGUCUCUUUAAGCUGAAAUGCUCGGCAUUGUAAACAAAAAGGUCCUUCUUUUCCUACUUACAAAAUGUUGAAUGAUGUUAAACUGUUUUUUGAGUUAGUGGAAAGUCCCCAUAUGACCGCUAGAGGUCAGCAUGUGAACCAGACUUUACCCUCUGGGAUGUGUGAAGAAAAUAAAAAUCUCAAACCAAAGUGGGAAUACUGUAAGAGUAAUUUGGUGUAUAUCGAGUGUUUGUAGUUCAAUACGAUCCGUGUGGAAAGUAUUCAUUGUAUAACUGGGCUGUGGGUUUUAGUGGAUUCACUGCAAUUACCUGUUGCAUUAAAGAGAAAAUGAGACAAAAAGGAAGCAGGUGCUUGGGUGGGCCGUUCAAACCUGUGACUCUUGAAUAACGGCCUAAUAUGUUCCCUCACUUGCUCCCUAAAAGUAAUAAUAAUUAAAAAAAAAAAAAACACCAGAGAAUGCUGGAAAUGGUUAAUUAUUUCUUAACAACUAAAAGCUGCCGGUGGAUUUUUUUUUUUU